ACGAUGGAGACCACGGAUCGUCUUUGCAUCAUUCCCGUUGACGAUUGGAGUGAGCUACGUGACCAGUACCGUAAGGAUUAUCCCAAGCAUCAUGUGGCGUUCUCGACGAUCGACAAUUACGUGCGCUGGUACGAAAAAGAUCCCAGUAUUAAAAAUCUCACCAUUUACUGUCUAAAUGGAACCUGGCGGGACGACGGAACUUACCUAGUCGUGGAUCGAUACCAAUUGUUCGUGUACAGCUGGGAACCGACAAAUCGUGUGCUGGAGCGAGCCCUUCACCUUCUUGAUUGGAGCGGUGGUUUGAAAGUGAGCUCCUUACUUUCUCGGCAUCGGCAGCCUGUGCUGAAUGUGAUCACUACUAAACAGCUUACGAUGGAGUAUGACAGUGAAACGUUUCUGUACUACAUGCCCAAGGCAGAUUGCGAUGCGUUGAAUCUCUCAGUACCAGACGGGUUUGAGUUGAAGUCACUUAGCGCGGAAGAUGCAUCCAAAGCGAACGACGUGUGGCCUAAUCGGCACCAGGGAUCUCUGUUCUUUCUCCAGCGCCUGGCAGCGUGGAAUCCCAACGUUGGUCUCUACGAUCGUUCUUCUGGGAAACUUGUGGCGUGGUGCUUUCGAUUACAAGCUGGUCCCCUUGGAGCUCUGCAAGUCGACGCCGGGUAUUUCCGGCGUGGUUUCGGAACGGUUGUAGCGCUUGCAGUGACAAAACAGAUAGCAGCCCUUGGACAAGAUUGUUUUGCACUAGUAAACGGAAACAACGAACCCUCAAAGCGAAUGUUUGAACAGAUAGGAUUCAAACAUGAUGGCGAAGCGUAUUGGAUAAGAACUUUUCCGACUGCGCCGGACAUGGAAUGGGUGGACUAG